AUUAAUCGUGAUUGCUGAAAAGGAAGUGGUGUACAACAACUUUCCCAUUCCAUUGAUCAACCGCCUGGAGAAACACUUCCUUGUGACCUUAACAAGUUUGACUCCUGACCAGAAGGACUUAGUACAGAAAAUACGGACCUGGGCUAAUGAAUUUGCUGAGGUUUCGGGUGAAGGCAGACGUGGCAGGGACUACUCCAUCGGAGACGCUUUUGUUGGAUUUCACGAGGAUACAAUUCCCUCCAUUGUCUUGCAAGUCUCUAAUGAAAUUCCAAGAGAAGACCAAUCACCGGCAAGUUAUGACACAGAGGAUACAUGGGAAAUGAAAGUACUUCGACGAUCUCAGAUGAUGCUUUUGGAGACGGCUUCACCUGAUGCCAUUGCUCGCCUUCCUCACACUGCUUUAGAAAGACGAGCCCCUUAUAUCUGGAAUGCCUACUUUAAAGAACAACAGCACUCAAGUUUGGCGAAGUUCAUGUCGCACGUGCUCAAUUUGGAGGGUAGUCGUUUUGAUGAAAAGCGUCAGGAGGGGCUCAUGAUCCAAGUUACUACUCAUUCACGUCUGCUCUCUAAGAACGAUUUGGGAGACUUAUGCAAUCAAACUGGCUUUGAACGGUCGACUGUGGAUUCCAUGACACUGCUAGAGUUUCAAACAGAACAACAAUUCAGGGCUUCAGUCAGAACUUUUUUUGAACAACUCGGCGGAAAAUGUCCUGGCAUUCUUCUGGUUCAGUGUGAUUCAGGAGAUGAAAACUUCAACCUGAUUGCGUGUGCAAAACACAUUCUCCUGGAAGAACGAACAAACGCGUCUGAAAUGCUCAACUUGUCUUCGUUGGAAGCUGUCCACAUUGUGCUGAUCACGCAGCUGCCAAGAAUUGCUGGUGGAUGUCGUAACUUUAUCGGUUUGCAGGAUGGAAAAUGGAUUUCCGCUCACAUUGAUGAGCUUCGUCCACCCAGUAGGCACACUCCUUCCAUCGAGCAACUCACCGAUCGUCCCAUCAGUGAGCUUUUUAGUGGAGACCGCAUUGAGGAAGAUGACGCCAUGCCAGUGGUGACAGUGGCGGUGAAGCUUCUUCGUAACUGUGUACAGGCGGCUGCUUGUAGGGUUGAGAGCGAAACGGAAUCAGCUGAAAGGUCAACUCACAGGAUUGAGCUGCUUUUGGAUUUACUACCAGAUAACUACCAAACUCAGGGGGAUGAAGAGUCAUUUGCAAGCGUGGCGGUACAAAGAAUGUACCACCUCUUAAAGGAAAGGGAACUAACAGCGGCGAAUCCACAAGGAUGGCUCCAAUCAGAAGCUCUGUCGGGAACAGGGGUGCAAGAGUGGGGCACGUUUAGAAAGGCUCUUCUGCAGCGAGUGUUCUCAGUUGUGGUUCCUAUUUUGGCUGAGAUCAUUGCAUUUGCAGACAGAGACUGCAAUCUAGACUUGUUGAAGAAUGACAACGCGUGGGUUUCGAGGCUGUGGCUGAAGAUCUUGGCCGACCGUAGCAUCUCAGUGCUGAGUUACCGUGACAUGGUAUCACCUGCCGCUAAUUCUGUUCGAGAACGUGUCCAAGUUAUUGGUUCUGGGGCCGGUGGUCAUCGUUUUUCCUGCCGAUUUCCAUUUUCGUUUAUUAUCAAGGAAAGCGUGGAAAAAUUGUUAAAAGACGCAACUAGCGUCGAAGCUCAUUCUAGCGCCACUCUGUUGGACUCUCUUCGUGAAAUGAUCAGUAACUCACAGUUGGGACCUCCACUCGAUGAAUUGCACCCUCUGUACUCCGCGGGACUGCAGUAUCUGAUGGAUUUUGUUCACAUGGUGUACAAGCCUUCGAGUGAUAUGGAACACGAGCUUGUUUACGAAGCGAUUCUUUCGUCAGCGAGAGAAAUAGUUACCCUGGAAGAUGAGGAUGGUAACGAGUCCAUUGAUAUAGCACUUGUUCAUGUUGCACACAGUAGAGUUCAACACCGUUUGAAGUGUUUUGAUACUCUUGUUAAAGCGAAUCCAGAUCUGGUACCAAGACUGCGGAAAGUUCUUCAAGGAAACGAGCCAGAAGUGCUUUUGGAUGUCCUAGCAUUAAAAAUCUGUCUUGUGGCACUCGAGAUUUCACAAGGGAGGAUGCUUUCUCCGAACACACAACAAACUUGGUGUGACAGAGUUUUGACUAUAAGGCCAGCGGUGGAGAACAUGAUGAGGAAAGAGAGGUUGGGACCUGUCACGGAGAAAUGUUCAUGCUAUGGAAAGAGAUCAACUCAAAUAAUUGAUCACUGCAGGUCCAUGUGGCAGCGAAUAGGAGCUGUUCGACUCUUUGCGGAGCACGUGACUUCGUUCGCAGAGAAAGAUAAAGACGUCAGUUCCGAGAGCGUGAUCAGGUUGUGGAAGGUUUUAGGAGAUAAAACUGACUUUUCAUCGCUGAGAUCGCUGCAGGUCAUUGAGAAAUUCUUGAUUAACUACAGUGACGACAUCAAGCAGAGGACCAAUGAAGAGACUGUUUUUGAGUUGCGUCGCCGAUGUAAUGCCUUUUUCAUGGAGCUGGUGUCAAUAUUCUGUUUUGGUGACUCGAUGUCAAAGGACCUUGAACAGGAAGCUAUCACUCUGCUUAUGCAUUAUGUUAUCGGUCAUAAGUCAACUGAGACAAAGGAUUUCUCUCCAUUCCCUGAUUAUGCUAUUGACCCCACCCCUGUGGUGCGUUCAUUUCUUCUCCAGCUGCUAUUGCGCUCAAGUGUGAGGUUGACAAAGUUGGUGAAAGACCAUCUGGGAGUUUUCUUUCAUGGGGCUCGGUACUUAAAACCAGAACCUUCGCACGUCAAAGAAGUCUGCUUCUUAUGCGUCCAGUGCAUGGAGGACGUCCUCAUUAGCCGAUAUCAAGCCAAAGUUGCCGAUUCGAAGUUAGAAGUAAAGCUCAAACAUGCUAAAAAGACUUGCGAAGAGACAUUAACAGCUCUUAGGGCCAGUGACGAGGAUUCUGCUGAAAUAAGCGCUCUUUCUCUGGAUGGAGUUGCUAAAGGACGUUACAUCUUAUCAUUGGUGGCAGAGUUCCUUUACAAGUUGUUCAUUGAAGGAGAUAACAGCUACGAAAGCCUUGAAGCUAGGAGAGAAGUGAAGUUAUUAUUAGAGUCUGCAAGGAAGCUUUGCAUGGAAGUGUCGAGUUCGACACCGCAGCUCUACCUGCUUAAACAGCUUGUCUGGCGGUAUGGCUUGGAUUGUGUCCGAACUCUGGGUGAAUAUGAGGAACUGGCGUGGAUUCUACCUCCAGAGGCCAGACAGCGGGAGAAGUAUGUAAUCCAAGACAGCUUUAUUGUUCAUGGAGACCAUUAUCGUGCCAUCCGUGAGGGGCUGGCCAAAACUGUCAUCAGUGGGAACAUCCAAGACAUUGUCACAGCCAUUACGAAAACAGGAUUACAAGAUGUUUCUAAGAAUGUUAUUCUCCUCCUGGUGAUAUACCGUGAAAUAACAAUAGCAAAUUGUUCUCCAGUUCAGACACAGAAUUUGUCUCUGAAGAAAAGAAGAUAUAUGAGAGUAAAGAUCGAUGAUUUCAUAAGAAAGGGAGGACACAUAAAUGAAACGGCUCAACAUUUGGCCAAGGAACUUCUUGAAAAUAAACAAGGUGGAAAUCUUAGGGAACUUCAAAUUUACAACGGAAAGAGUCCGCAGGAGCACGCCUUGGCCGAAAUUGUGAUCCAUACAGUAGUAGCUUUGCAGUGUGUUGGUGCAGCAUCUUUGGCUCAGCCCCUUUAUGCUCUCAUGACUGAUCCAUCUACCAUGAAGAAUUCUUUUUUACCAACAAUGCCCGAGGAUAACUAUCUCGAGUGCAUGGAGGCCAUCGCUAAAACAAUGAGUGGCACUAAUUCGGUUGGAGAGUGGUAUGAAUGUGGUAAUUGCGGAUAUGUGUAUUUCAUCGGGGAGUGUUCUAGACCAAUGCAGAAGGGCACUUGUCCGGAUUGUGGAGAAGUAUUAGGAGGGGAGCAGCACAAGUUCUUAGGAAAAUACAGAGUUUCCGAAAAGAAAGACAGGACCAAAGCUGGCCAUGCACUCGGAGAACCUGGCUCGAGACACACGAACGCAGAACCUCAAAGAGACAUGCCACCGAUAGUGUGCAGUUUGUUGAGGAUUAUCAUGCACUCGGCCAUGGUCAUGGGAGCAUCCAGAAAUCCACAGGCAACCGCACGGCUGAUCACACCUUCAUGCUCGUCGCAGUCUGUGGGACAGUUUUUAUGGCAGCAUUUGCAGAGAGAUCUGGAUGUUCUUAGUAGAGCACUCAGGUGCAGUGUUGAUAACGCAGCUCUGACAGUUCAUCUAGCAGUACAGCGGAUGAUCUCGCUAAAUGGGGGAAAAACUGGAAAUGUCCAUGACAUGUGUCUUCGAACCCGGGAAAGUCGCCGCAGCUGGGAGAAAGCUUUUUGCUCCGAGAUUAUUGUUCCUGUCGUCACCCAUCUAGACGAGAAUCUUGAAAAUGCCUCAAGACUUUUGAUGGGAGACGGGAGAUUUGGAAAUGAUCCGCUGGUACGUCAACUCCACGAGUUCGAUGAACAGAUGGAAGACUUAUCUCAAGGCGUCAGGCCCAUGUCUCGCGCUCUUUGGAAGUACAGACACCAUAUAACUGUUGAGGAACUGAGUAGCUCUUUUCAAAGAGAAGUCCUUUCUGGAGACGGAGGGAAAUUCAAAGUGUUGGACGUUUUCCUCAAACAGGAACACAAGUUGCGUUUCGUUCAGUUUCUGCCCGAUGUUGUUCGUCUCCAGCGUCUAUUGAUGGACAGAUUCCACCGAAGAAUUGACAGAACAGAUGCUGAGAAUUAUACCGUUCGUAAAUUUCUCAAGGACCUUCCGAUAGGAUCUGUGAAAGAGGAGUAUACGAACUUGUUCGAGAGUUUCAAGAAUGCAUGGAAUGCUUGCAAGUCAUUUCUCUGUGAUCAAGGUCGCCUAAGCGUCCCACAAGACCUUUGUUGUACCACAAUGGACAACGACUGUCCAAUCGCGAUGGUUCUCCCCAGCACCAGUGGGAUGGGAGUUUGUUCAACUUCGCUAACCUUCUUCCUGGUUAAUGCAAAUAACGAGUCUCUGGGAGCCUACCGUAGUGCAACUAAUCAAGACAGUCCCUUGGGGCGUGUUUCCCUAUCAGAGGUGACCUUGUCGCACUUAAUAGCCUAUGAUCCUGAGAGAGACCUGCUGCCUCUUAUCCUGGCUCAUUGUAACUACUCUCUAGAGGUGGGAAAGGAGACCUUAGUUCAGUAUGAUUGGGCGGCUCUGGAGAGACAGCUGAUUGACAGGUUGUUGAGGGGAAGGCCUUUUGUCGAGUUCAAGGAGGAACGUUUUGCGUUCAGCCGAGACACCCGAGAUGACGCAGUUUUCACUUCCCUCACUGGAAAAAUUCCUCAGGAAUCACUUUCCCGCGUCGUCGAAAGUCAGAUUAUUAAUGAUCUGAGGUCUUCCUUGUCUGAUGUCUGUGAUGUUAUAUCGUCACUGGAUAUUGCCAUUGGUUUUCUUGCCUCAUCGGGUGGCCAGCCGGAGAGGCCUUUAAAAUGGUACUUACAUGAGGUACUUAAGCUACCCAAAGAUCGAGGUCUCAAGAGUGCAACAGCAGAGCAGCACUGCAGUUUGUCCCAUACCCUGGCAUUGUGGCGGCUUAUGGCUCUCGAGAAAGCAAAAAUCAAGUCCAGGAACAAACAGGAGCCUUUUGAGCAAUUACCUGACGUUUUCAAGGAAAAAUUAGGCUCAAGCGAAAAGACCAGAUUAGAUAGCGUGUUGCGAAAAAUCGACAUGGACAUAUUUCUGCCGCAGCUACUGCAGAUUAUUCUUCUGAAUGUGAAAAAAGAUGGCGAAACGAUUUCGACGAUGAGCUUUGAAGAUUACUUGGAUUGUUGUUUAGCCUAUAAAAGCUUGAAACAAAUCCCAGGAGCAGAGAACAUCCCGGACAGCAUCAAAAUGGCGCACCUAAAGGACGUCUGGAACUCCGCUGUCCAGCUAAGUGACGACUUCCACAAAGAUCGUCAAGCAGUUUAAUCCUCUAAUUAAGGAGCGGUCAGUUCAAAACUCAAAGAACACAGUGGUGCAGUUUGUUUUUAAAAAGUUUAAGCAGUCAACUUUCUUUAGUCAGUUAAAAGAAAUGAAUGGUACAUGCUGAAUUUUCAUAACAGCUUGGCUUCUAGUUUCAGUUUUCUUUCGCACAACGAUGAGCUACUAGAUACACGUAAUAACAAAUUAAUUUGAAAAUGUUGGCAUAUGAUAAAUACUGCAUUUUUUGUAGCUACUGUGAGGUACUUUUUUGCUGUAGUUUAUGAAUAGGGCCAGCCAGUUUCUUUUGCCACAUACAUUUAACUUUGGUUUAAUUAGAAUGUUAGAAAAUUCUUCUCGGUGCCCCCUUUGCAAAAAUAGUAGAAACGGCGGAAGCUUUCAUGUAUCUUAAAUUUAAAAGAGGCCGGUAUUAUCGAUUAAUUUUUUAUAAUCUUUUUCCUUAUACACUCUAAAGAUAACUUAAAAUGCUACAGCUGAGAAUGAUAUUAGCAUGGCAUGCAAGUUUGAACCGCACUUUCAAUUGAUGUUAAGUUAGUAUAGAAAAGUAUAUAUCUCAUUAAACGUUUGCAUAAAUUUU